CUUCAGCUGGAACACAGCCUCUGGGUAGGCCCAGCAUGGAGGCAGCUACCACCACAGAGGCGGCCUCAGGCUCUCAGCAGAAGGGGGAAGAAGCCAGCCUAGCAGACGUGGAAGGAGCCCAGGCUUCACCCAGACAGGAGGCAGGCAGCCCCACUCCGCAGCAUCUGCCCCCUAUAGAAGAGUACCCCAAGAUCUGGCUACCUCGGGCCCUGAGGCAGACCUACAUCCGGAAGGUUGGGGACACGGUGAACCUACUAAUCCCAUUCCAGGGAAAGCCCAAACCUCGAGCUACUUGGACACAUGAUGGCUGUGCCCUGGACACAAGUCGCGUGAGUGUGAGAAAUGGAGAGCAAGACUCCAUCCUGUUCAUCAGAGAAGCCCAACGCAGUGACUCGGGUCGCUACCAACUCCAUGUACAGCUGGGUGGGCUGGAGGCCACAGCCACCAUUGAUAUACUGGUGAUUGAGCCGCCAGGUCCUCCGCAGAGUAUUAAGUUGGUGGAUGUUUGGGGUUCCAAUGCUGCUCUUCAAUGGACACCUCCCCAAGAUACAGGCAAUACAGCAUUGCUGGGAUACACUGUGCAGAAGGCUGACACAAAAUCUGGGCUCUGGUUCACCGUGCUAGAGCGUUAUCACCGCACCAGCUGCAUUGUCUCAGACCUCAUUGUUGGCAACUCCUAUGCUUUUCGUGUCUUUGCCGAAAACCAGUGUGGGCUCAGCGACACAGCCCCCAUCACAGCUGACCUGGCCCACAUCCAGAAAGCAGCUACUGUUUACAAGACCAAGGGGUUUGCCCAGCGGGACUUUUCCGAAGCCCCAAAGUUUACCCAGCCUCUGGCAGACUGCACUACCGUCACUGGCUAUGACACCCAGCUCUUCUGCUGUGUUCGUGCUUCUCCCAGGCCCAAGAUCAUCUGGCUGAAGAACAAGAUGGACAUCCAAGGUAAUCCCAAGUACCGAGCCCUCAGUCACCUGGGAAUCUGCUCUCUGGAAAUCCGCAAGCCGGGUCCCUUUGAUGGAGGCAUCUAUACUUGCAAGGCUGUCAAUGCUCUGGGGGAGGCAUCCGUGGACUGCAGGGUGGAUGUGAAAGAGCCUCCAGCAAGCCUGACCAUGACGAGAUUUUGUUCCUAAGGAGCUUCAGUGCA